CCUACUUUUGCCGCAAAAUUCACCAAUCAGAACAUAGAAGAGUGUCGUGUAUGACUUUCAAAUGGAAAAAAAGACAGGAAAACUAGAGAUUUUUAAGUGUAUUUUUCCCGCAUGCGCAGACUGUGGUGUCCGUGGUAACCAGAGCGUUGGCGGAGGCCCCAUAGCCCAGAUCGUGGGAGGAGAGGUUGCGGCACCCCUCGAGUUCCCCUGGCAGAUCUCCCUUCGGCUCCUCAACCUGACCGGCGGCUACGAAAGAGGCCACAUUUGCGGCGGUUCCAUUAUUAACGAACAGCACGUGUUGACAGCGGCACACUGCAUGGACGUGCGACAGACAACGGUGGAGAACUUUAUCGUUGUGAUUGGGGACCAAAAUAUCCGAGUCGUAGAUCCCACAGAAGAGAGGAUCGGCAUUCAGGAGAUAAUAAUUCACCCCCAAUACAAUAAGUCCCUGAUUCGAUUCGACUACGCGAUACUGAGACUGAACAAGACCCUGAACUUCACUGGUCAGGAGAAGCGACUGAUGCCCAUCUGCCUUCCCACCCCGGACGAAGAGUUUGAUGGGCAGAACUGCACUGCCACCGGAUGGGGACUUACCAAAGACAGGUCCGAAGGGGGAAACGCAGCCAACCCUGACCUGUUGAAAGUGGACAUGCCCAUCGUGCCAUUCAAUGUGUGCAGUGCGAUUUACCGGAAAAGACUGCCUCAAAUCCCAGUCGUCAGAAGCGCAAUGAUUUGCGCGGGAUACGCACGAGGCGGAAAAGCGACCUGCACGGGCGACUCCGGGGGACCUUUGCAGUGUCCCAGUGCCGACGGCCGCUUCGUGCUUGCCGGGAUCACGUCGUGGAGUCUCAAGUGCGCUGCCCCAAGUACACCUACCGUUUUCGCGAGAGUCUCUACUCAACUGCCCUGGAUUCAGGAGGUGGCUGGGAUGACUCCGUAGUGUUGCCAGCCUUCCUUGAGCCUCGCAGAUACUUCUACUACGGGAGCAAAAUUUCUUUUUCUUCGUGUGCGCGUGACAACGUUACUAGAACAAGUCAGUUGGGAAACUCGCCCUUGGAAGCCGGACCACACGCGUCUACCGGAACCGGGCUAUUGGGAAAGCUUAGAACCCAGUAGAUGCCUAGGGUACAGAAUGUUUCCUGCUGUUUCGGUAGGGGUCACCUGGGUAAUGAGCCGCGUAUGUGAAACAAGCUGCCAGGAGGAGUGAAAAGAGCCUUCGCCUCUCUCCGUCCUCUUUGCUCCUCGUCCCGCGACAACACAACGCACGCGCACCUGAGACCAAUUUGCGUGAGAGGCGUCCGCCAUUGAAUUGCAACGGACCUCCAUGGGUUCAGUUGCUUCCGCUCUCAAAUUUAACCUAAGCUGUCUAGAGCCCAGUGCAGAUUACAGCGCCGCUCCUUGGCGGUCAGUACGUUCUGCAAGUUAUUUUGUAGUUCAUUGGUUCGUUGCAGGUACGUAAUCCGUUUCGAGACAAGGAGAUCGAUCAACCUUUUUUUUUCGCUUUUCAGGCACAGAGAAGAUUUUAUUGCUUUUUUUUUAUUCUUCCGUCUAGGUUGUAGAUCAUAGAGAGGGGUAAUCUCCAACCGUGGGGAGCGUUUGCAAUUGAAUGGCGGAAACUUCCUCGACAAUUGGUCGCAAAGACGCAUGCUCUGCAUUGUCGCGUAACG